AAUUAAUAUCCAAACUACCCUCCCGCUUAAUCAUCUCUCCUCCAUUUCUCUUCUCCUUUCCCUGUCAAUCCGAACUCAUACAGGUAACAGUAAUUAUCAAUGGAUCCAUAGUGAUCGCCAUUGUUGUCUUCUCCGAAUGGGGCCUGUAUUCCGCGAAGGGGCCGAGAUGGAUCUGGAGAAGGGGCUGGUGGUGGCGGCCAACAGCCCCAACGCUAUUGCGGACCAAUCGCCGAUGCCAUCUCCUACGGCGGCGUCAACGCCGAGGAAGACCCUGGUUCUAUCGAAUUCCGGCAAGGCUCUGGUUGUAUCCAACUCUAGUAAGUCCCUUGGAGGGUCCAACUCCGGCAAGCGGAUCGAUCAGGUCGGGAAGAAGAAGUACGUGAAGCAGGUUACUGGCCGCCAUAAUGACACCGAGCUCCAUUUGGCUGCCAAGCGCGGGGAUUUGGACGCCGUUAGACAGAUCCUCAGUGACAUUGAUGCUCAGAUGACGGGCACUCUAAGUGGGGCUGAUUUUGAUGCAGAGGUGGCGGAGAUAAUGUUAGCGGUCGUGAACGAGGUGAAUGAGUUGGGGGAGACGGCGCUGUUUACCGCCGCAGAGAAGGGGCAUUUAGGUGUUGUGAAGGAAUUGUUACAAUACACGCCUAAGGAGGCUAUUAAAUUGAAGAAUCAAUCUGGGUUUGACCCGUUGCAUAUUGCUGUCAGUCAAGGGCACCUUGCUAUUGUCCAGGAGCUACUCAACCAUGAUCCAGAGCUAAGUAAAACAGUUGGUCAAUCGAAUUCAACUCCUCUUACAACUGCAGCUACAAGAGGCCACACAGAAAUAGUCAUGGAGUUGCUCUUUAGAGAUUCUAGCUUGCUAGAAAUUUCAAGAUCCAAUGAUCUAGCAAGCAUUUUUUUCCUGCAGAUAGUGAAUGAGUUGUUACUCCUCCCUGAUACUAACGUGAAUGCACUAACAAGAGAUCACAAAACAGCCCUUGACAUAGCUGAAGGACUCACCCUGUCUGAGGAAACCUCAGAGAUAAGAGAUAGCUUGGCCCGUUGUGGUGCUUUAAGAGCAAAUGAACUUAACCAGCCACGGGAUGAGCUUAGGAACACUGUGACACAGAUAAAAAAAGAUGUCCAUAUACAGCUGGAACAAACUCGCAAAACCAACAAGAAUGUAGAUGGGAUUGCCAAGGAGCUCCGAAAGCUGCAUAGAGCAGGAAUCAACAACGCCACCAACUCUGUCACAGUUGUUGCUGUGCUUUUUGCAACAGUUGCAUUUGCAGCUCUUUUCACAGUUCCUGGUGGUGAUGAUGACAAUGGGAUAGCUGUGAUGGUGAGCACACCUGCAUUUAAGAUCUUUUUUAUCUUUAAUGCAAUAGCACUUUUCACUUCUUUGGCUGUUGUUGUGGUACAAAUCACUCUUGUCAGAGGAGAGACAAAAUCUGAGAGGAGGGUUGUGGAGGUAAUCAACAAGUUGAUGUGGUUGGCAUCCGUAUGCACCACAGUUGCAUUCAUUUCUUCAUCAUAUAUUGUGGUUGGUCGGCAUAAUCAAUGGGCUGCAGUUAUUGUUACUGUCACUGGGGCAGUUAUCAUGUCAGGAGUCCUGGGUGCCAUGACUUUCUACGUUGUGAAGUCCAAGCGGACUAGGAAAGAGCGGAAGAAAGAAAAGAAAGAGAAGUAUUCUAGGAAUGCAGCAAACUCAUGGCGCGUGACAAAUCCUUCAGAAACUGAAUCAGAAGUAAACCCAAUUUACGCCAUCUGAUGUUGACUUCGACUCUAUGAUCUUUUUUUGUACCUCAUCUGGCUUUUAAUUAGAAAUUGAAGCAGGAAAGAGUUCAGUUCACGCUCCAACUUCCAAGGGGUCUCAUUCCAUAUAUACAAAAUCUGGAGUCAAGCAAUACCGAUACUAGUUUACAUCUUCGGAAAGUUUCCAGGGGAUGAGUAUACAACAUUCUUCUUCACAGGCCUCAGAUGAAAUAUUGCCGGGAUGGUUGUAUGGUAUGUACGUACAUGCUGAUCUAAAGUGUGAUUUAUUUAGGUUUCUGACAGGUGGUACUCUCUCAAAACCUUGAGAAUAUAUAGAAAUUUUGAAUAUAUGAAUCCAUUUUGCUUGAAACUGUAAGCAAAUGGGAUGAAUUUAA